AAGCAGUGCAGAGCACAUAAACCCACAUGUGCGGUACCCUACCAUUGAGCGCGGUAGCCUGUAGGGAUGCCCCCAGAGUUCACAUCCCCUUCGCCAAAUUGAGAGAGUCCCUGCAUGCACGCAGACCGCGCCAUUGCGCCCUACAAAUAGAGACAGAAAUGCCCAACUGUUCAGGCACACACCCUCUUGCAGGGCCUCUCUCAUGGUUUACAUGGAGCUCCUGCGCCUGACUUGGGCAGGGAGGUGAAGUUGCCCUUCUCUGGUUACCAGUAAUUCCCGGGGUACCCAAUUGAUUGUUGCCCCUAAACUCAUCGUCCCCUCCACCGGAAGGGGAAAAGUCGGCCGUUCGGCGUUGUUGGUAUUGGCACUUGGGUAUAGUUAUGGGGGACUCGGAUGCUGUUUCACUGUCCAUCCUCCUCUGUGGGGAGAGUGAAUCGUGCUUGAAUGAUUGCGAUGGCGACGACGAGUUUGUUGCCUUCUUGUUGAGAGGUGUAGAUUUUUCUGAGACGGAGGAUGAGUUCAUAGGUUUCAUGGUCGAGAAAGAGGGAACUUUUCUUAAAUCGCAGGACUGCGUGGUGAUUAAUGAUGAAAACUGGAUGAAAUGUGCGAGGUUGGAGGCCAUUAGAUGGAUUAAAAAAAGAAAGGACUAUUUUGAUUUUGGGUCGGAAACAGCGUAUCUCUCUGUGACAUAUAUGGACAGAUUUCUCUCCAGAAGAACAAUGGAUAAGGCGCAUGGCUGGGCAAUGCAAUUGCUGUCUAUUGCUUGUUUGUCACUGGCUGCCAAAAUGGAAGAAUGCAGGAUCCCGCCACUGCCUGAAUUCCAAGGAGUGGAUUACGGAUUUAGCAGUGAUAUCAUUCAGAGAAUGGAACUCUUGGUUUUGAAUACAUUGGAGUGGAGGCUGUAUUCGGUUACCCCAUUUUGUUAUCUCAAUUAUUUUAUCACAAAGUUUGGCAUUAAAUCAAAACGCGACACCUCCAUGUGCAGAGCCAUAGACUUGAUUUUGGGCAUUGUAGAAGUAAUGAACACGACUGAACAUAGACCGUCUACUAUCGCUGCUGCUGCGGUCUUAGCUUCAUCAGGUCAAAAAUUUAGUAGAAAAGCAAUGGAUCUAAAAAUGGGGUCAGUCUCGGCUUGCUUCACAGAGACAGAGGGUGUAUUUUCCUGCUAUAAUAUCAUGCAAGGGCUUGAAAUUGGCUCAUGGAGAACUCCCACGUUUGCAAUUUCUCCAGACUUGUCAUCGAUCUAUCCUAGCCCAUGCGCAAAAAGGAGAAGGCUGUUGUCAGGUGAUUAUAGCCAUGGAUCCUGCGUCUCGGAUGAGAAGAGACCUGACUAAUUAGUUACCGAAAGGGGCUUUGGUUUCUUCUCCUGUUAUCAUAAUGAUUCUCCAACCAUAUUAUUUGUAUGAUAAGUGUAGCAUCCUUCUCCAAUGUCGAAAUGUUUUGUGUUCUGUUUGGGGGCUUUAACCAGUAAUCUCUCCAUAAGAAGAGAUGGGCGACAGCAAAACGUGAGGAAAAGAGAAAAAAACUGCGGUAAGAGUUGAGAAAAGCUGACUGACGCCCAAAGGUAGAGGGGGUGAGCCCAGGUGGCCAUUGCAUUGUUGUGAAUAGUCCAGCUGGUACUGCUCUUUUCUGGUUCAGUGUUCUGUCGGUCAUUCAUCGUCACCUUUUAACUAAACAUUCAUUUUUCAUUGUAUUUCUUUCUUGCACUGGAGUUUGAUAGGGAAGGAGUGGAGUCUAUAGGGGUUGUUAAAUCUAUUAGUCUAAUUAUUGUUAUUGUCAUACUGCUGCUGUACCUUUUAUUGGCUUUGCAUGGGAUGCUUCCUGUGUCUGUAAAGGGUUAAAGUUGGGGGAGAGGCCUCUGUGGUUUUGUGCUCUGUGCUUCAUCCUUACCACCAAAAAGUUUAUAUAAAGGUGAAUGUGAUUGCAUUUGUUUGAA